AUGUCCGCCCUCACUUCCGACGCCCAACUCUACGAGGACGAGUUCAAGGUCGAAAGGAUCAGCGAUCCCAAGUACGACCGCGUCGACCGUCUCUACUGCACCUCCGUCGAUGGUCAGACCAGCAUGCAGCUCGACAUCAACAAGGAGCUCUUCCCGGUUAAGGUCGGCGAGUACCUCAGAAUCGCGCUGGCGACUUCCUUGUCCCUCGACGGAAGCAAGGACGACGAGAGAGGCUGGCGCGAUGCUGCCAAGCUCGGCAGCGUUGAGCAGACCCUGGCCGACAGCUAUGAGUAUGUCUGCCACGGCAAGGUCUACAAGUUCGAGGACGGAAAGGAUGGACAGACCAUCAAGGCGUAUAUGUCCUACGGUGGACUUUUGAUGGCGCUCGACGGCCCCUACAAGAAGCUCACGCCCCUGCGUGUCGACUACGUCUACCUCCUCGCCAGCAGGAACGCUUGA